AUGAAACAAGUCAAGAUAAUGAAAUGUCUGUUUUUAUGUAAUGAAGCAUUGUUGUUGGAUCAGGCACUUUUCAGCAAGGGAGUGAGUAAACUUGAUGCUGAGAAUGCAAUUAAAUUGGUUUUUGAGGAGGGAGAAUCAGAUAAUGAUCAGAAGUUAGUUCAUGGCCUGUCAAAGCUCUCAAUGGAUAAUUUACUUGUUCAGCAGUGGCUUCGAGGUCAAGAAGUGCCUAAAGAGACAAGGAAAUCAAGGAUUUUCCGUUGGCUUCAGUAUCGUGGAUUCAGCUGGGAUGUUAUUGGCUUUCUAUUAAAGAAGUUAGAAUCUCAGUACCCACCCUAG